GUUGAGACUAAUAACCGGCCCGUUUAAUCAUCAGGGGAUGGUGGGAGGGCAGCUGUGAGUUCAUGAAAUGUGUGCCGGUCAAUGCGCUUUAUCCGACCGCUAGAAGCGCGACUAUGGCCUAUUAUUUGUGUGACAUUAGAUAAAGGGAGUGCACCUUGCGUCCGAGAGCAUGGAGGUGACGUAUGCUGCUUUACAGCAUCUGCAGUUUGAUGCAUAGAAACACUGCUCACGAAUAAAGAUGGAUUUACCUCGUCGUUUUCCGGACCCGCUUCUCAACCCGAUGUUGUUUAAUGAAUCCGCGGCACCCGUCGGUAUGAAUGAAGCGUGUGCGGCUAGGAGCGGGUCCGGCGCUAUGGCAACCAGCGCGUUGAGAAACGAUUUGGGCUCCAACAUUCAUGUGUUAAAAACACUAAACCUCCGCUUCCGCUGCUUCCUUUCCAAAGUCCACGAGUUAGAGCGCAGAAACAAGUUAUUGGAGAUCCAGCUGCAGCACGCCCAGGAGCAAUCCCGGUACCGACUGCUGUUUUCCCGGGAUAAAGCGGUCCAGACGAACCUCGAGCUGCCUUACUCAAACGCACUGUGUCCGUCGAGACUCCCCGGUAGAAUCUGGAGCUUCUCACACACCGCCCGAUACGGAGGACGGUUUGAGACGCAUCAGGGGCCUGGGGUGGCCUGGACUCAUCCAGACGGUGUCGGGGUUCAGAUCGACACCAUCACACCUGAACUCAGGGCCUUGUACAAUGUUUUGGCCAAAGUCAAGCGAGAGAGAGACGAGUACAGGAGAAAAUGGGAAGAGGAGGUGUUUAAACGUCAGCAGAUGGAGUCUUUGGUGGAGACAUUACAGGAGACUGUUCAGUCAUCUGAAACUGUGCAAGGAGAACUGAAUGAGAGGAUGGAACGUCUUAAAACAGAGCUGGUGGUCUUCAAAAGCCUCAUGCCUCAUGAUGAAGUGUCGGACUUGGACACUAAAAUCCAGGAGAAAGCCAUGAAGGUUGAUAUGGACAUCUGCAGACGCAUCGACAUCACAGCCAAGCUUUGUGAUGUAGCACAGCAGAGGAAUUCAGAGGACAUGAGCAAGAUAUUUCACGGCAGCCCAUCCAGAGCUCCUCCCGAACAGAAAGGGGGGAUGGUGGUAUGUAGGAGGAAAGAGUGUAAGGGUGAAUCUGAGGAGCAGAGAGUGGAAACUGAUGGUGAUUCUGGUCACCGUGAGGAAGAUGUGCCUGGUUCUCUCAACAUCACUGAUGAGAUGAAGAGGAUGCUCAACCAGCUGCGGGAAACGUUCGAGUUUGACGAUGACUGUGACAGUCUGGCGUGGGAGGAGACGGAGGAGACGCUUUUGCUCUGGGAGGAUUUCAGUAACUACAAAAGUCUGAACCUCAGCACCACCGCUGCAGGCUCAGUCGCAACAGCAUCCUGCGCAUCUGACUCUCACGGAGAGACACACGAGCAGGAUCGAAGUCUAGGAAGCCUCAUAAAUGAAACCGAGUCCCUCUUUAAGACCAGAGAGCAGGAGUACCAGGACACCAUCGGACAGAUUGAGCUGGAAUUGGCCACAGCCAAGAAUGACAUGAACAGACACCUGCAUGAGUACAUGGAAAUGUGCAGUAUGAAGAGAGGACUGGACGUACAGAUGGAGACCUGCCGGAGGCUCAUCCAAAGCACAGCCACCACCGGCAGACAAUCGCCCUCCCUCAGCUCCGUGGCCAGCAGUGAUUCGGGAAACACCGAUGACAUCCAGGACGAGCUGGAGCCUGAUGGAGCGAGGGAUGGAGAGAAAGAAGGAGCUGUAGCGAUGAAUGGAGAAGUUAGAUGAUGAUCAGCCCUUCAUCAUUCUGGUUUCUCAGCUUCUUUGUGGACCAGUCGCUCUUUUAAGUGUCUGGUCACUUUUUCUUACACUGUACAGAUGAGUGUGGAAUUUCAGAUUCCCAAAGAGCAAGUAUUGGUGCUUUAUAUGCUAUCUUAGAGCAGGACUAGCCGAAAUAAAGCGGUUCCCUCUUCAUCAGCACUGCCAAGGCAUGGCUCCGUCGUCUUCCUCACAAG